CUGCCGACGUUGUGAGGUGUCCUGAGCCGAGGCCGAGAGGGAGGGACCACUAAUGACAACUCUCCCCGUGAUUGGUCGCAAGCCAUGGCUGUCAGCGUGCAGGAGAAGCCCCGCCAGGGCCAGGUGACCGAGGAGGGUGGCUGGGGCUGGAUUAUCGUCGCUGCCUGCUUCCUCGCAACCGUCUGCACACGUGCAGUCACCAGAUGUGUUUCCAUGUUCUUCGUGGAGUUCCAGCUGCACUUUGAGCGAGAUUAUUCCACCACAGCCUGGAUCCACAGUCUCGUUGAUUGCACCACUAUGCUCUGUGCCCCUUUGGGUGGUUUCCUCGGCAACCGUCUGUCGUGCAGAGCCACAGUGACACUCGGGGGUCUCUUGUCCUCGGUGGGUUUGGUCCUUGGCUGCUUUGCCUCCACUCUGGAACAUCUCUAUGUCUCUCUGGGAAUCCUUACAGGUAUGGGCUUUGCUCUGUGCUACACGCCGUCCAUCGCCAUGGUUGGUCGUUACUUUAGUAAGAAGAAAGCGUUGGCAUACGGCAUUGCCCAGUCUGGCAGCGGCAUCGGGACCUUCAUCCUGGCUCCGGUGGUGCAGCUGCUCAUCGACCAUUACUCGUGGAGGGGGGCCAUGCUGGUCCUCGGGGGCUUCGUCUCGAACUUGUGUGUCUGCGGAGCUUUGAUGAGACCAGUGGUGGAGCCCAGUGAGAAGCAAAGGAUGUCGCUGGAGUCCAAAGACGAAUCCAAAGAGGUCCCAGCAAAGACGCAAGAAAUUAGCAACCUGAGCUACACUGAAGGACUUCUGAUUGCGAACGGAGUGCUGAGAAACUGCCAACUGGAGAACAGCAAGCUCACUGAGGUUAACAAGCUAGCUGAGGCUAACACGUUAGCUCUUCUGUCCAGCGGGCCUGGUGUCAGGCUAACGGAUCUUAAGGUAGCUGAGUGCCUUUUACUUAGCAACACACUAACGGCGGCCAUGCUCGGGGAGCUAGCCGACACUAACCUGGGUAGCACCGUAGAGAGUCCUAACUUGAGCAACAGAAUGGGCGUCACAAAGACAGAAGUUGUGCCUUCUGAACCUUUAGUGACAGCUAACAUCGACAGAGGUCGUUGUUACUGCCUCCAGCGAGGAGAGGACUUUGGCUUCUUGGUGGUUCCGAACUUCCUGGUCCUGGCAUCGUCCUUCCUGUUCCUGGCGUAUGGUUGUAGUACUCCGAUGGUCUACCUGGUUCCUUACGCCCUCAGCAAGGGAUUGGAGCACAAGCAGGCCACCUUCAUCAUGUCCACAUUUGGAAUUAGCGGUAUUGUGGGUAACAUCACCUUUGGUUGGAUCACAGACAGGAAGUAUCUGAAACGGUAUCGCAUUCUAAGCUACAUUCUAGCGAUCGCGGUGGAGGGCCUGAGCUGUCUGUGUGUUCCGCUCCUCCACUCCUUCGCCCCUCUGAGCACGUUCGCCGUGGUCUACGGCUACUUUGACGGCGCAUACGUGGCCCUCAUCCCCGUGGUCACCUCGGACGCCGUGGGGUCCGCUUACCUCACCUCCGCCCUGGGCGUUGUCUACUUCCUGCACGCCGUGCCUUACCUCGUCAGUCCACCCAUAGGCGGUUGGUUGGUGGACAUGACUGAAAACUACACGGCGACCUUCUUGGUCAGCGGCGCUUCGUUCAUAUGCAGCGCUGCCAUUCUGGCGGUGGCCAUGUUGGUCCGACGUAGCCGUCGGUCGGGGCUGAAGGCGCCCUGCCCCGAACACGCCCCCACCACCACCACCUCCGCCCCCGCUGUUUGUCAUCAGGACGUCAUCUAAGCGUUCAGAUGUGUAUUUUUGUUUGUAAUAACCAAACACUCUUAAAAAAACACUUUUUUUUUUUUUUUUUACAAUUGUUUGACAUUUUUGUAUAUGCAACUGUGAAAAAUAACGAUACUACACGUCAAAUUAUCGCCAUUUGCUAUUUGUGUAUUGAUACUGUACUGUGAGUGAUAAGGAUACAACAUAUCAAAAUACAAUAUGUGAUACUGGUGUAUUGGCACUGAACUGUGAGUAAUAACGAUAUGACACAUCAGAUUAUUGAUAUUUGAUACCAGCGCAUCAAUACGAUAUGUCACUGAAAAAUAAAAUAAGAAUAAAAUAAGAAAAUAACAACACAAAACAUCACACUAUUUGUAUUGACAUUUUUUGCCAUUUUAUUGUGUCAUUGAAUUUAUGUACUGAACUGUUCUUGUAUGUUGUAAAAAAAAUAAAAUUCACAGGACCAAACAUGCUGU